AUGAUGCAUUCAUCGAAUCACAAUGACGAACAAGCUAAAGAUAAAUUAGAUGCAAUUCACAAACAAAUUAAUAAAACAACAAAUGAGUCUUUGGAAUCAACACGUCGUACAGUUGGUUUAGUUAUUGAAUCUCAAGAAGCCGGUACACACACAAUGACGAUGCUUCAUGAACAAGGUGAACAUCUAAAUCGAGUUGAAGAUGGUCUUGGUAAUAUUCAUGCCGAAAUGACUGAAGCUGAAAAAAAUUUAACUAAUUUACAGAAAUGUUGUGGUUUAUGUGUUCUACCAUGGAAACGUACUCAUCGAACGUAUGGAUCAUUCGAAAAGCGUAAUAAAACAUAUAGUUCUGAAAAAUCACCAAUUAAGACUAUAGAACCUAGACAUCGUAAGGCUGCUGAUGACGGAAUGCCUAAAACUGGUUAUAUUACUCGUAUUACAAAUGAUGGUCGUGAAAUAGAAAUGGAUAAUAAUUUACAAGUAGUUGGUAACCAUCUUGAUAAUUUGAAAAACAUAGCAGUUGAUAUGGGUCAUACACUCAUACAUCAAAAUGAACAGAUUCAACAUAUUACAGAUAAAACUAACGUUGGAAUUGAACGCAAACAUCUAAAUGCCAAUGGUCCUUUUGGCAAACGUCAUACAAUAGAUGAUGAACCAGAUCGUCGUCCAUGUAAAUUGCCUUCAAAAAUAAAAUCUUCUUCUACAAAUGUCUCUAUAGCAAGUUUGAAUGUAUCAUCUACGAUCUAUUCCAGUAACGAACUGGUCACAGUCACUUGGUCAUCACCAUUAACUCCAUGUUAUGAUGAUUAUAUUGGAAUAUAUUCUGUCGAGAGUCCACUUACUGCAGUUUGUGAUUAUUUCGAUAAUGAAGUUGUUAACAAAGGUCAAAGUAGUAUGUUAUGGAAAAUGAUUAAUCUUCGUCGUCCAUUAGAAUUUCGUUAUUAUUCACGUGAACAUAAUUGCUCAGCGAAUUAUUCUCUUAAUGCUAAGUCACCUGUUAUUCAACCACGGAAUUACAAUGAACCAAUGCAUGUCCAUUUAGCAUAUAGUGAUCGAAUUGAUCAAAUGUUUGUUUCUUAUUUAACUAAUUCAUCAGAAUAUACUCCUCAAUGUCAAUAUGGAUUAACUCCAUCCUCGUUAAAUUUUCAUAAAAUUGGAAGAACAACAACUUAUACAGCAUCAGAUAUGUGUGAAGGAAAAGCUAAUGAAUGGCAUCCACGAAGAUUUAUUGAUCCAGGAUAUAUGCAUACCAUUUUAUUAGAAGAUCUUCGUUCAUCAACAAAAUAUUAUUAUCGCGUUGGAACAGAUCAACAUGGUUGGUCAUCAAUUUAUUCAUUUACAAAUAGACCAGCAAAUAAAGAUGAACCAGUAUAUAUGAUUGCAUAUGGAGAUAUGGGAUUAGCACCAUAUGCACCUGGUUCUAAAUCUACAAUGGAUCGAGUUACACCACGAAUCUUAUUAACAAAUAUAACUUGUUUGUUACAUAUUGGUGAUAUUAGUUAUGCACGAGGUUUUGGUGCUCAAUGGGAUGCUUUUAUGACACAAAUCGAACCUAUAGCAGCUCGUGUACCAUAUAUGGUUGGAAUCGGGAAUCAUGAAUAUGAUCAUGUCUUAGGUGGAGAGAAUGAUCCAAGUGGUGCACCAGGUCCGGGCGGAUUUCGACCAGAAUGGGGAAAUUAUGGUUAUGAUUCAGGUGGUGAAUGUGCUGUUCCAAUGGUUCAUCGUUUUAAUGCUCCAUCAAAUGGAAAUGGUCUUUUUUGGUAUAGUUUUGAUGUAGGUCCAACACAUAUUGUUUACUAUUCAACAGAACAUGAUUUUCGUCAUACAUCUCCACAAUAUUCAUGGCUUGAACAAGAUCUUUGUUCAGUAAAUCGUUCUCGUACUCCAUGGUUAAUUGUUGGCUCACAUCGACCAAUGUAUGCAUCAGAAACAGAUGAACCUUAUGAUUUUAUUAAACUUAUGUUACAACUCUAUUUAGAACCAUUAUUUUAUAAAUAUCAUGUUGAUCUUAAUCUUUUUGCACAUAAACAUUCAUAUGAACGAACAUGUCCUAUGUUUCAACAAAAGUGUGUUGAUGAUGGUAUAACACAUAUUCUAAUUGGAAUGGCUGGACAAGACAUUGAUAAUGGAGAAUAUUCAGAUGCUGAAUGGAGUAUUUAUCAUGAUCAACAAUAUGGUUAUACUCAAUUAUGGGCUAAUAGAACAUAUUUACAUUUUUCCUAUCAUCACAAUAGUGAUGAUAAUGUUGUUGAUCAAUUUGUCCUUAAAAAAUAA